UGAGACGGUGCCGGCUGGAAAUCUGCAGUAGGCAAAUGGCAACACAUACACGUCUCCACAGUAGCGGGCAAAGAGCUUCGAUCGUCAACGCGUGUUGGCAAAAGCGAAAAUGCUAAGGGCGUGCUUCCAGUCGGUAACCACAAGUUCUCAUUCUGCAAUUUGCCUUAUCCCGAGUAAGCCACUCCGAAAUUUUCACAAUGCAGCGCCACGCUCUGCGUCAAAUUCACCGCGUCCAGGCCACAGUCAAGUCUGCUGAGACUGCUGCCAAGGCCUCGUCGCUUGUUCUGUCGCGGAACUUCUCGACUCCCUUCUCGACCAAGAAGUCCAACCUGCUGAAUAACACUGAGUUUAUGCGGCCUGCCAAGAGCAAGGCAGUUGAGGAUGGUAUCGCCGAUAUUGACGCUGCUGUGGCUGCUGCACGUGCGGCGAUCGAUGGACCGUGGCGCACAAUGUCUGUGGAGAAUCGUGUCAAGCUCGUUUACCGUCUAGCCGAGCUCUUCGAAGAUAACAUCGACGAGCUCGCUGCGCUCGAGGCUCUUGACACCGGUAAACCAUGCUCGGUUGCCGACCUCUAUGCUAUUGUGCAAUGAGGGGAGAUUGUUAUUAGGAACGUAGUAUUUGCAAUCAUUGAAUCCAGUGAGCGCCACUACCAAGUACACGAAGGAAAUUUAUUUGGACAUAGCACUCUU